AUGUCAUCUAUAGUAUUACGCCGAUUUGUCAGUACAUGCCGUCCCACAUUAGCUUUUUAUCAUGGACGUAAUUUUGCCACUAGUUCACCAUUCUCAGCCGAAACAGACAAUAUUAGUAGUAGCAACACUGAUACGACAACAUUUUCAUCUGAUACGCCACGAACAAUUACUCUAAUACCAGGUGAUGGUAUUGGUCCAGAAAUCUCAAGAAGUGUUCAACAAAUAUUUCAAGCUGCUAAUGUACCAAUAAAUUGGGAACCAGUUGAUGUUACACCGGUUAAAUCGCCUGAUGGAAAAUUUCGAAUUCCUCUUAAAGCUAUUGAAUCAGUUACAAAAAAUCGUAUUGGACUUAAAGGACCAUUAGCAACACCUAUUGGCAAAGGACAUCAAUCACUUAAUCUUGCUUUACGUAAAGAAUUUAAUUUAUUUGCUAAUGUACGACCAUGUUAUCAAACACCAUAUACAAAUGUUGAUCUUGUUACUAUACGUGAAAAUACUGAAGGUGAAUAUUCAGGUAUUGAACAUACAAUUGUACCCGGUGUUGUACAAAGUAUUAAACUUAUAACUCAACAUGCAUCAUUACGUGUAUGUGAAUAUGCAUUUCUUUAUGCUAAACAACAUAAAAGAGAAAAAGUAACAGUUGUUCAUAAAGCAAAUAUAAUGCGUCUUUCAGAUGGUUUAUUUCUUCGAAGUGCACGUGAAGUUGCUGAAAAAUAUCCAGAAGUUAAAUUCGAAGAAAUGUAUCUUGAUACAGUUUGUUUAAAGAUGGUUCAAGAUCCAACUCAAUUCGAUUGUCUUGUGAUGCCAAAUUUAUAUGGUGAUAUUCUAAGUGAUCUUUGUGCGGGUCUUAUCGGUGGUUUAGGUUUAACACCUAGUGGAAAUAUUGGUGAAGGUGGAGCAGCAAUUUUUGAAGCUGUUCAUGGUACGGCACCAGAUAUUGCUGGACAAGAUAAAGCUAAUCCAACAGCAUUACUUUUAAGUGCUGUUAUGAUGUUACGUCAUUUGCAUAUGUUUGAUAAAGCUCAACUAAUUGAAAAAGCGUGUUUUGAUACGAUUAAAGAUGGAAAGGUAUGUCAUUAA